UUUUAGAAUUAAGGAUGAGUCUUGUCGAGCAAAACUUGUCCAAGUCUGGCUACACUAAUGUGCGAUCUAGCAGAAGAGAUUCAGAAGAGACUCGAGAGCCGAAGUGCAUAGAGGACAGUGCAUAUUAUGCGGCCAGGUCGUUGCAUCUGGUCGUGCAUCCUGGUGCUCGUCCAGGCAGCGAUGACGAAUUCACGUACGUCCUGGCGAUUGAGCGCGGACAAAGUUAUUCGCUUAAACGACCUCGACGAAGAUCCCAUCCUCGACAUCCUCGCAAGCAGCGUCGGUUUGUCUAAUGGUCAGGGUUGGAGCAAAUCCGCUACCCAAGAGAAACUUCUUCAGGAGAAAGUGCAGCUCUUCUGUGCGGAAUGCGAGUCAUUUGUUGGCACCCGUGACCGAGGACUCGCAGCAUCCUACGACCUGAUGGAGUCAUCGAAUUUGACGGAAUUGAUGGAGUCAUCCUCAUCCUCGUCAUCAGCUACCUGCGGAACGGUUGUGCAGCACUGCGAAGACGUUGUACUCGACUGCGGGAAACCCGUCAACUUUACGUAUUACGACAACCUGGUCGGUGUUGCGAAUCGAAAUCUACAUCCACCAGUACCGGAGCCUAACGUCGCUCUAAUGUUCAGGAAGAAGGGUGCAAAGAUCGGCGACGUCGACGUCGACCUGUUAGAGCGCCGUCUGAAAAAGGCGAAACGCGAGAAACCAAAAUCCGUUCAACUGUACAAUCAAAUUGGUAAUUUCUGGCGAAUAAAAGGCAACGCUCAAAGGUCGAUCGAAUGCUUCAGAAGAGCAUUGGCCGUAUCCCCGCACAAUGCAGAAGUUCUUUUAAACCUGGCAAGGGUUCUUCUGGUACUACAGUACCUGGACGACGCAACGUACCUGGCACGACGAUCACUAGAGUUACAGCCCCCUGAUCGCAAUGCUUGGGAACAGUAUUUAACACUUGGACAAAUAUUCAAGGCAUACGGCCAUUUUCAAGAAGCCGCCGUUCACCUUCGUCACGCGUUAGAACUCAAACCAGAUUUAUCGGAUGCAGCUGAAGCUCUUAAAGAGGUUGAGUCUCUUCCAACAGCCAGUAUACACAUCUACACUCUACUUAUCAUAGUCUGCCUGGUGCUAGGCGUGUUGCUAGUUGUACUAAGCAGCGUAGAGUGCGAAGAAGAUUCGACUCUUUCCUCGGAGCAACAAGCCCAAAGACCAUCGCAGCGUCACUUCAAUCGUGCUAUGGCUAUGCGAAGUCUGCGACUGAAUGUAUCUCGUGGUCCGAAGCGUUGCUGAUGCUCCUAGUGUCACCCUAGACAAAAUCAUCUUAAUAAAUUUAAUCCGGGCGUUCUCCCGUGCGACUGUGAUAGAAUGGAUAUCCUCCUUGGAAGCCGGGUCAUCGACUCAUUAUUUGCACGUAUCACAAGUGUCAUCUAAACCUUCGAUUCCAUAUGAAUAGACUCCGUUGUACGCUGAGGACACAUUAUGGUCCAGAUAAACGAGUCUCCAGUAAGACAGCAACGAAUUCAAACUUCCUGAAAAAGUCUUUUUCGUUUCUGUAAAGAUGAGAAAUGAUGACGGACGACUCGGUUUUGGGUCGCUAUACCCUCCACCCACCUAACCACCCCACCACACAACACACAGUUCCACACUUUGAUAUCACACAGAAAAGAAAAGAGGAAUCAAGGAAAUAUUUAUAUUAUUUUUGCCACCUUAGUGAGGCGGGUUACUGCAAGUGCAGUUGCUGUUUCUUAUACAGACGUUUUCGAUCUGAGUUAAGCCUGCUAUAAGUUAUUACUGACUAUGCGGUUUAUUAUAUUGACGACAUAAAUAUACAAUAUAAUAAUAGAGAAUAUAACAAUCUAGUGAUAUCCUUAGCUAGGGAUCCCGGUCGGAACCGGACGUAAUACCGUACGGUUAAUUAAGAGUGGCGACCUGACGAAGAAAUGAAAUCGUGCCAGUGGCGAUUUUUUUUUUUCUUAUUUGUUUUUCUUUCAUAUUUGAUUUCGUUGUACUCUCCUGGGAGCAAGUUACCAAGAGGUCUUGUUAAGGUAAUAUCUAGAAUCGAUACGAUGCUUGACAGAUGAAACCAUCCGAUUUGAAUGUCAUUCAAUUUUAAUCGGCUAACGAAAAAUUGAACCUUAAUAGUUUUAAUUAAUUUUUCUUCUUUUAGCGUUAUUAAACAGAAAUUCAUUCUACGUCUGAGCAUGCUGAGCUGGUACCGCAUGCCCAUAAUUCGUUUAUUUUCAAAUUUCAACCCCUGUAUAUCGAUCUACAUUGAAUUGUUUUUUUUUAGAAUUCUCUGAUAGGGAUACAUGUUCAGUGCCAUAUAGGUAUACGUAAAUCAUACAUCUUUAAAUAUAAUUAUUUUUUUGUGUGAA